CCAAAGAUGAGGAUGCACGCUUCAGUCGGCGUCUGGUCGAAUUACCUACAAUUACAUACAGUAUUACUACCUCGACAUUACACUUCCAAGCAUCUACACAAUUCGCUCACUAUCAUUCAAGUUCACACACCCCUCAACACGCCCAACAACCACCAUGGAAGCUGCGCUCGACGCGCAAUUCACGCGCCUCGAAUCCUCUCUCAGCACCCUCAUCGACUCCAUCACCGCCUACAACCCGCUAAUCGAGGAUGCAAAGAAGCUCAUGGACGCCGACGAGGGCCUCAACAAGGAGCUCGAAAGACUCGAGCAGCACCAAGCAAACCACACUCGCAUCCUCGCCCUCCGCCAGACCGCCGAGUCGCUCGACAACACCCUCAAAUCCAUCCUCGCAACGAUCGCGGAAACCCGCAGAGAGCUCGUCGCUACACCCGUCACCACCUUUCCCAGCACCUCCCGCGACGUCCCCUUUGACGAGCUCCUCUCGUACGCCAAAUUCAUCAGCAAAACCACGCGUCCGCCCACAGUCCGCAAUGCUGCUGCGGCAGCAGCAGCAGCACCAGAACCCACAACCACCACCACAACAACAACAACAGCCAUAACCACAGACGACCCCCCCAACGGCACCACCCAAUCCCCCACACUGCCCCAAGACGACCAACAACCCACCCAAACAACCACCCUCCUCGACCCAACCCACGACCCCACCCUCCCCACAAACCAAAAAGGCCUAUCCCAAGAAAUGCGCGACGUCCUCGCGAGCAUGGCCGCCGCGCCCUGGGAGCCCUGGCCCAGCAACGACCGCAUCCGCAGCGGCAACCUGUUUGCGAUCCAGCGCAUGCUCGACAGCGGCCUGGAUCCGUGGCAGGUGCUGAGCGCCGAGGAGCAGGCGGUGGCGGAUCGGGCGAGGGCCGCGGAGGAGGAGCGCCUGCGUCGGCUGCGGGAGGCGACUGCUGCUGAGGAGAGGGCCCGGCGGGAGAAUGCGUAUGCGAAGGCUCAGGCGCAGGUGCAGGCACAGGCGCAUCAGGAUGGGGGCGAGAGGAGGGAGGAGAGGAAGGCGGUGGAGACGUUUGAUGAUGGAGGGCUGGAUCUGUAUGAUCCUGAUGAGGACUGAGCAUUUAAGCGUUGUGGCAUAAAAUCGCAGCAUCAAUAUACGGUCAUAUAUAGAUAUAUAUAUGGGAUGAUCGUAUUAAUUCUUCUUAUUCAUUAUCAUUAUGUCCUGUACUCAUAUCUUGUUUCCCGCGCAUGCCUGUCGACCCUCG